AUGCACGACUUUAAACAUGACUGAGGCAGAGUACUAUACAUUGUACAAGGGGGUCUAUUUGCCUACAAAAUUGCACCCUCCAGAGAGCCUUAAAUACUAUGAGGAGUUUACUUUUCGCCCGGAUGAUAUUCUCAUUGUCACGUAUCCCAAGUCAGGUACGACUUGGAUGCAGGAGAUUGUCCCUCUGAUCAUGAGUGGGGGAGAUUCAGCUUCUGUUGAGACUCUUCCUAACUGGGCCCGUGUUCCCUGGCUGGAGGUGGGACAGUCCCGUACCUAUAAACAUGAAGAGAGGCCGUCUCCACGCAUGUUUGCUACACACUUCCACUACAACAUGAUGCCACCAUCCUUCUUUGAAGUUAAGCCAAAGGUCAUCUAUGUCAUGAGGAACCCCAAAGACGUGUUUACAUCUGCCUUCCAUUAUUAUGGAAUUAUCACCUUUGUGGGCGACCAAGGCUCACAGAACGAGUUCCUCCACAAGUUCCUUGAUGGAAAAGUUAUGUUUGGCUCGUGGUUUGAUCAUGUUAAGGGCUGGCUGAAUGCUGAAGAUAAAGAGCGAAUAAUGUACAUCUCCUAUGAAGAAAUGAUAAUGGACCUGAAGGACUCUGUGGCCAGAAUGGCUCAGUUCUUGGAGAAAUCUCUGGACCCUCAGGUCAUUGAGAAGAUAGCGGACCGAUGUGUGUUCAAGAACAUGAAGCAGAACAAAAUGUCAAACUACUCUCAAGUUCCUCGUGAAAUCAUGGACCAGACAAAGUCGGAAUUUCUCAGAAAAGGAAUCGCUGGAGACUGGAAAAACCAACUAACAGUGGCAGAAGUGGAGCACUUUGAUGCCAUUUACAAAGACAGAAUGAAAGAUGUCAAAUACAAAUUUUCAUGGGAUUAAAUUAAAUGUGA